UUUGUAGAUUGCUGGAUACAAUUACAAAAUAUUACUCACAGCGUAUGUUGAUACUGGUAUUUAUAGGUGUAUGGAUGAUGCACUUGUGUUAAAACAAUUUGAAUUUCACUACUUAUGAAUGAUUUAAGUCAGAGCUCGGUUCACUGGCUGCUAACAGUAAAACGAUCAGGAACGGACUCCGAUCUGUUAAUAAUUACUUGGUUCGUGCAUAUAGUGAGAAUAACAAAACUUCAACAGACAGCGACCAAGUACGUAUUGUCACAUUUCCAGAACCGACCGAUAUUAUCCUUCUGAACCGAACGGGAUACACAAUGCAUCUGUCCUGGGAAAUAGAUAAAUACAUCAAAGACUUCAAGGUAGAGUGUACUCUGCUCACCUCUAAUACAUGGCACACUGUCGACAGCAUCGAAAAAAGGAACAACACUGUUACUUCCAGUCUCACGGGGCUAACUCCAAAGACUCAUUACAAAUUUCGGUUGAGAUUGACGUACCAGUGGAACGCAGAUGAGUAUGUGUGGCCAAAAGAUUCGAGGUUCACAUUUGAAACGUUAGGUGAUAGGCCAAGUCCUCCCGGUAUACCAAUAAUACAAUACGUGAAGCCCAAUAUGUACAAAGUAUUUUGGGAGGCAUCUAAAGAAAAUGGAUCUCCUAUCGAAGAAUAUAGAUUAGAGGGAAAAGAAGUUCAUUCUUACAGAAACAAGCGAAAUAGCGAUCUCACACCUAUGAGUCAUAUCAAUUCUUCAAAUGAACAGAGCGAAGAAAACAGUUCGGAUUGGAUUACUUACUAUAAUGGCACAAAUACUUCCUGGAUAAUCAAUGGUUUAAACGACAAGAAUAAGUAUAUAUUUAAAGUAUAUGCACGGAAUGCCUAUGGUUGGAGCAAUGCGAGCGAAAAAAGUAGUGAAUUUGAUCUAACUGCAGCAAGAAUAGCAGAAAGCAAAACGUCGAUAAACAUAAUUAUUGUAGCUAUUGUCGUACCUAUUUGUAUGUGCAUCAUAGUCAUUGUUGCCUUCUCCAUUGUAUUUUGUUCGGGAAGGAGCAAACAGAAAAAGCUACAACAGGUAGGACCAGUUCCUAGAUCACCAGAUGUUGAACUUGCAACGUUAAGAGAACUACCGAGAAGUUGUGUUCAUAACACCAACGUCUUGUAUGUUUCUGCGCAUCCAACACCUGAAGAUCUAUCUCUACUACCACAUAUUAGAAGAGAUCAAAUUACCUUGAACAAGUUCCUGGGAAGUGGGGCUUUUGGUGAAGUGUUCGAAGGAAAAGCAAAAGGGAUAGAAAGCGCAACCCCAGAAACCAGAGUAGCUAUUAAGACAUUGAAGAAAGGUGCCUCAGACCAAGAAAAGAACGAGUUCUUACAAGAAGCUCAAUUGAUGAGCCAUUUCAAGCACGAGCACAUUUUGCAAUUAUUAGGAGUAUGUUUGGACAAUGAUCCUCACUUCAUCAUAAUGGAGCUUAUGGAAGGCGGUGACCUACUCUCAUAUUUGAGAAAUUCUAGGCAUUCAUCGAGGGGCACGCCACCUUUAACUCUCAUAGAACUGAUCAAGAUGUGCUUAGAUGUAGCGAAAGGUUGUAGAUAUCUCGAAGAAAUGCAUUUUGUACAUAGAGAUCUAGCUUGUCGAAAUUGUCUUGUUUCUUCGUAUGAUAAGGAGCAACGAAUUGUAAAAAUAGGCGAUUUUGGAUUAGCCAGAGAUAUAUACAAGAACGAUUAUUAUAGGAAAGAAGGUGAAGGCCUUCUACCAGUAAGGUGGAUGUCUCCAGAAUCUCUGGUAGACGGAGUAUUUACUAGUCAAUCAGAUGUUUGGGCAUUUGGCGUGCUGCUGUGGGAAAUUAUGACCCUAGGUCAGCAACCCUAUCCCGCCAGAACAAAUCUAGAAGUCUUACAUUAUGUUAGAAGAGGAGGUAGAUUAGGAAAGCCUACAGAUUGCCCCGAAGAUUUGCAUAACCUCAUGUUGAGAUGUUGGGAGUUUGAGCCCGAAAAGAGGCCAACUUUCAAGUACUGUUUAGCAGAGUUGCAAAAAUUGCACUGCAAUACUUUGAGUAAUCCUUCUACUGCAGCUCAUAAUGGGCACUACAUCAGUACCGUCCUAGAGGGUAACUGUCUCAAAGGCAGCUCCGAGGAUGAAUCCAGCAGGGAGAAAACUCCGUUCCUUGCAGAGGGCAACUCUCAAACAGAAUCAAAGACACCUAAGUACUUGGAACUUGUCUACGAGCCCGAAAAUGAUGGUUACGAAAUCCCGAAUGAUAUCAUCAACCAGGAACCUACCGAAAGUACAAAAAAUGUUGCUAAAUGUUCCUAUUCAAUUUUAACCAGAAGCGAUGGCUCGACUGACUGUGAAGUCCCAGAGACUGCUUCUUUAAAAUAGGUUUAUUUAUUAUAGCUAUUUAUAGUUGGUUGUAAAAAGUGUAUAAUUUUUAAGCGGAUCUGAUUGAUUUUUAUCCAAAUAUAUAUUUAUAUUUGUAUGAGGCUGUUUAGAUAAUUCUUGCUGUCAUCCAUAAAGAUAGCUUCUGGUUAUGUAUGUUUCAUAUCUAAUGUUCAAGAAAAAUAGUCCAUAUUAUUUUGGAUAGCAAUUAGUUAACUAAGAGUGGAAAGAUGAGUGUAUACCAGCCUUAAUAUCCUUCACGAAUACGGUGAGUUGAUACGAACGAUUGCUAAAAAGUAACUGUUCACAUUCGUAAGAGCGAUCCACUUUAAUUAUACGUGGUGUGGCAAUUAAUAAUUUGUCAAUUUAAUGAAAACCAAUAAAUUUCGGACAAAAUUUUGUAAUAAAUCACACAAAGCCUCUCGCUAAUUCUACGCAAUAAAUCCAAUGUUGCUUAUACAAUUGAAGGCACACUUGGUACUCUUGGGAGAUAAAUCCUUCAGCACCAUAGUUAUAUCCUUGACUUUUUCAAUAUGAUGCAUUCCCUUAAAAUGGUAUAUAGCGUUGGUUCAAUAUCCAGACUAUACGGUGAGUCCGGCAACGUUGGAAGGCCUUUUUGCACAAUGAACGAGUAAUGAGUGAGAACUUUUGGCACCAUCUUUAUAAAAGUCUAUGACAUACCUAUUCAAGUUCCUCAAGUAGCAUCUUGUUAAUUUUGAACAAGUAAAAUAGCGCAGUGACCCAAAUGGUCGACAUUUGUACUGGGUGUCCCAAUAUUCCGUGGACAUAGAAGUACCACGUGUUUUUAGAUUCAAAAUAAUUCGACUAUACAUCAUUCACCUCUAUGCAAAAGUGCUUCUCUUGUCCAUUAGAGGGUUUGACAUUUUUUCAGAUAUUUUGGAAGUAAUAGUCCGAUUUGAAUGAAACUUGGAACACAUGUGCUUUGCUAGACGUCCUAAUAUUUGACUUUUACAAAAACCCGAAAGGGUUCGAGAAUGGGGAAAACUACCCCCACCACUACAUAAAUUAUAGCAGAAUUUUUUUCGCCGUAUUUUUACGUGUAGGAACGAAAAAGGGGGUCAUGUUGAACACCUUUUAUGAAAGAUUCCCACUAUUGCCUGGACUAAAUAAAAUUGUAAUAAGUAAUAUCAUACUUCUUUAUAUAUUUUUGCUAACUACACCCAAAUAAUGAAUAAGACGCUUGAAAACUCCUUGAUACAAACCUUUUUUCCUCGAAAACUAACCGAGAUGGCCUGUUUUUACAGGAGACAAAAAAUUAACUAAAUAACAGGACCUGAAAAAAAAUCGAAGUCGUCGGGAAAGUUGCCCAAACAUUUUGCCAAUUUAUAUAGGGGUGGUUCCCGAGAUCUGUGUUUGUCAUUGUCUGUCAUUGGGGACUCUUGGUUAAAAAGUUAGUUAUUCUGUUGGCCCGAACAUCCAGAAACCAGACAAAAUUGAAGGAAACGAAAGAAAGAAACAAGAAUAAUAUAAUAAUUAUAACAGUUAGACUAGAAUUCAAAACAAAUAAUUCAUGUUCAAUUAAAAUGAAAAAAGAGGAGAGCAACCAGUUAAAACAACAACCAUUAGAAUUUUUAAUGCAGAACUCCCGAGUUAUCGCUGAAUUCCGGGAACUCAACUACCAUAUACCACGUAUUUCGCGUCUAAAUAUCUUAUGUUAAUUUCGGACUCUACCGGCCAAAAAAUGCUAGGACAUAGUUGAUAAAUCUCAAUUACGAAUGUGAAGAGGCAAAAGUGGUGCAGUUGUUUUUUACCACUCUAAAAGGGCUGGUGCUGCGGUAUUUCUUAGCAUGAAACAAGAAAAGUGCGUCUGCAUCGACAAUACAUCACCUCUUUUAACUCUCCUUGCCCAUUGAACAUUUUCUGUCGUGUCAUUUUCUUCUUUUCACAAUAAUUGUUGUCACGUAAGACAUAAGUUUUUUUUCAUUCAUUCUGUGACCAUGAAGUCAACGGCAGCUAGUUCUUAGUUGACUUCUUGUUGGAAAACCUACAUAAUGUCAUAAAAACCUAAGUGUCACUUUCCAAGUUACAUAUUACCCCUGUGGACACCUUAACCAAGAUUCGGAACAAUUUAUUCAUUUCUCUGUUCACGCCAUGCUCCCCGAGCGACAGGACCUCAGACAAUUGUUUUAUUGUUCGGUACGUUUACAUAGCUCUUUGCCAAGAGUUGGCGCAGCACCAAUACUAGACCUUAGCCGCAAUCGAAGCCACUACAGUUACUGGAGAUACAUCGUAUAGAACAAACAAAAAAUAGGAAUAUCUGAUGUUUUGUGGCUAGCACAGUACGGUGUAAACACGGCAAAUACCAUCUUCCUCGGCCUCCCCUACUGACCGCUUCAGGAUAUGAUUAAAUCAAAGAGUGUUAUACCAAUUUAUACCAUUUACCUUGGGUUUAGCCUGCAUUAUUGAUUUACGACGAAUACAUCGAUCUAUGGGAGAACCGACCUUGUUCUGGACGUACUCUAAUAGAUGGCUGGGCAUCCUCCAAGGAAGCGCCCUUUGUAUGGCGAUUCGCUCAUAGAUGGCUCAACAUCUACCUAGGCGAUGUUGCCAAAGUGACCGAAAAUAGUUAUAAAAUGGUAUAUUUAUACUGAGCUGAAUAAACCACAGUUAUUUGCCCGGUUUUGGCGGCUAUAUUAUAACAUCACGCGAAAUUAGUAACUAAAUUGGCUUAACUGUACCACUUGCAGAACUGACCCUCCCUAGGGAAAUUGCACACAGCCCAAGCCUAUCCCUAAUCUAGCUUUUUUAUACUUGAACCACCACGAAGACCCAUGGGAACCGUGCGGCUAUAGGGGGAUACAGAGGACGCCGCACGGACUCCUACCUGGAAGCGUCUACCACCAAGGACCGUAUCGUCAGUCGUUCUUACAAUUGUAGGACGUCUUUAGGGCCUCCUUGAUUUUCAUAGUUUUCUUUCUUCCAUGUGAACGCUCCACUUUGAGGUUUUGUUGUUAUUUAGAAGUACGAAUCAUACGGAUUUGAAGAAUUUCAAGUAGUUGCGUGAAAUUAUCGUCGCAUUACCAACAAGCGCCAAAACCUACAUUUUGCUUCGUCUUUCGGCCGUAACAUUUUUGCUAUUAGUCAGAUCUUUUUACGUGUGCAAUCAUUUUGUAGGUCUCAUAAAUACCUAAAAAUCUUAUUUGAAAAGUGAUGUCGUUCCUGUAAACACUCGGUUGAAUCCCAAAAAACACGUUUUCUCAUUCUUUGUUGUCGAAUAAAAAGUUUUCUCAAAAAAAUUGGUGUACCCAUUGUUUGCACCAAUAAAACCAGACUUUACCAUUAUUUCCAAAAUAGAUUAGGUAUUUGACUCAUGUAAUAACUAAGCAAGCAUUUAAGUAUACUAUUUGCUAUGGAAUCCAUUGGUUGACCUGAGGAAUUAUUAAAUUGCCGGAUAUCUUUUUUGAUCGCUGUGAUGGAUAUACUUGCAUAUUAUGUACCAUAUGCAUUGGAUGAAAAAUAAAUUUCAUAGACUGCAAAUAUCCCAAUCAUGGAGGAAUGUCCAAACCAAAAUAUAUUUGAACAAAAAAUCCGUCGCUACAAUAAACGAUGCACUAAUUCAUUCAAAAAGGCAAACCGCAAAUUAGGUAACACCGCAUUUAUCUCUGACCAAACAAGAACUUGUGAUUAGACGCCACCAGCUGUUUUGUGGUUACUUAUCUAUCUCUCUCUAAUUUUAUUCGUCUUGUCUGUCUUCUCUUGGUAUAACUACUAUUUGAUUAAACUAUAUUUAUUUAAGUAGUAAUACAUAUCAUUGAUCCAGUAUUUAAUUUCUUCUGAUUUGUAAAUAGUUUCUUGUAUAUAACAUAUAGUAUAAGAUACGUUGUACCUCUCUGAUGUUUUUUCUUCAAUAAGUGCAGC